AUGUCCCAAGGCUCGACGCUACUGGCGGUCUCCGUAACCUCGACGAUAAUUGCGCUGGCGACAUGCGGCCUCCGGUGUUGGGUGAAAAUGAGAGACGGGCGGGCUAUCGUCUGGGAUGAUUACUUCAUAGGCCUGGCCAUGUUGUUGGGAAUGGUCGGGUCCUUCUUCACCAUCGUCGAGUGCCUCAACCAGGACUACACGCAGACAGCCACACAAUUCAACUACCUGGCGCAGCCAUGGCUCAGCAUGGGCUCCACACUGAGCAAAGUGUCGAUCUGCCUCUUUUUCUUGCGCCAUGUGUCUAAAAUUAAGGCGUGGAGGGCUGUGCUGGGGAUUCAAAUUCUGCUUCUGCUUGUGGUGAAUCUGGUCUAUAGCCUGGCCAUACUGUUGCAAUGUCGACCGCUGGAGAAGCUUUGGAACUCCUCUGCUAACGGAGAAUGCUGGAGCAUCUCCGUGCAGCAGAACAUUGGCUAUGUGCAGGGUGGUUUCGAUGUUUUCUCCGAAUUCUUCAUCACACUCUUCCCAAUCAUGAUCAUCCAAGAUCUUGGCAUUCGACGGAACCUGCGUUAUCCGUUUUAUGUGCUCUCGUCGACGGGUAUUGUUAUCGGGGUGCUUGCCGUCGCGAGGAUAUAUAACAUAUCUCUCACCAGUUCUAGUAGCAGAUAUGUGUAUCAACUCAGCUGUACGAUUUUAAAAGUACUAGAGCAGAACCUGGGAAUCCUCGCCGCCAAUAUCCUUCCGACUGCGUCAUUAUUCUCCAACGUUGGUCCAAUUAGCGAAGCCUUCAAUCAGGCAGAGAUCGGGCGAACCAACUCCGACACCAUAUCGAUUCUACCACGGUCUAAAUCUACGGCGUCGAGAUCAAUCAGGUCAUUGAAGCGACAAAGCACAGGCUCGAGUUUCGUGGUCGAAGGACCAGAACGUGGGAGCUUCGACGGACAGUCGAUUGUGGGAUAUGACACCGAGUCUUGGCCAUUAGGUAUUAUUAAGACGGUGAGUGUCCAGGUGACGGAAGAGCAGGCAGUCGAGCUUAAGCGCGGCACGGAUGGAUCGAUGGAUGGACGACCGAGUGGUGACCAAAAGUGGGACAGUUACUACCGUUAG